UCCCUAUCUACGACACUAUGCAUGGUAUUCGAGGGGAGCUCAAUCUCAUUGUCAAGGUAGACCUGUUUUCAGAUGUGAACAAGUUCCGUCAGUCAUCAUGUGGCAUCCAGUUCUUCAGCACUGCGGAAGUGCCUUCAGGGUAUCGCAUGCAGGUCAUUAACGGAUUUGUGGAGGAAUUAGUGGUCAAUGAUGACCCGGAGUAUCAGUGGAUUGACAAGAUCAGAACACCGCGGGCAUCUAAUGAAGCAAGGCAACGACUCUUCUCCAAACUCUCAGGUGAACUUCAGAGGAAAAUUGGUGUAAAAGUAGCAGAGUUGGGUGGAAAUGCAGUGAUUGGCUAUUGUCAGUGCUUUGAUCUGGAGGGUGAGUCUGGUAUUGUAGCUCGGGGCAUUGGAACUGGAGUGACCUUGGUACGGCCUUCACAGUUGAUGCCCCCUUCACCUCAAGGCGCCUCUCCUCAAUUCAAAGAUUUGAGGCAUGCUGUGAACUCUCUUCACUACUUCAAUCAUCACCACACCCCUCCCACCCAUGGCCCCUCCCUUCUCUCUCGCUCACAUCAUCACUUAACAAUGACCCCACCCCACACACCCGUCAAGAAAACAGCCUCCAUCUCCCCUCCUCCCUCUGCCCCACCCCUAGUUCAAAGCAGCCAAUCAGCAUUCAGUUUUCCUUUCAGUUCCCCUCUCAUUGAGGAUUCUGCCAUACCCUCCUCCCCACCCAACAUAAUUAGGUGUGCUACAUCACCUGUCAAGGUGAACUCCCCUCAGACAGUGGUGAGACGAUCCUCCGAAUCAGAUGCUAGUAGCACCACACCUCCUAAAGGAAGCAGUCUAACAGAGAGCAGUGGAAGUGGUAGUGUUGUAGGAAGUGGUAGUAAAACUGCUACUAAGCUCUCAGCUCAGCAACCCAGUAUAGAGCUCAUGGAGUAUCCUUUCUUCACCAUGACCUCGUUUCCUGUUGGGUUUAUUGUACACCUGGGAGGUGUGGUGUCAGCCAAGUCAGUCAAACUCCUGGACAAGAUUCACAACCCAGAGGAACCAGAGACAAGAGAUGCCUGGUGGACGGAGAUUAGGACAGAGAUACGAACUCACUGUAAAGCCAUGGGGUGUCACGCUGUGUUAGGAUACACAGAAAAGACCACCAUCUGUGAUGAAAUCAUUGUGUUGUGUGCGACUGGUACUGCUGCCCGAGUGAACGUCACUUAUGACCCCACAUCAUCGACACGGGUACCUCCCCCCACCCCUGCUGUUCCUGAGAAGCCCUCUACUGAAAAAGAGCGAGACAAGAAGCUGUAUGUGGACGUAAACCUCGCUAAUUCUGCUGCCCAGAGCUCCCUCCAAGCUCUCUAUGAUCAUGGAUCUGAUGAUGGGUCACCCCACUAUAACUGCCUUCUGUGUCACGUACCAUACAAACCCAGCUCUGCUCCCUUCCCUGUCAAUCUGUCUGUCUGUGGAAUAUGCAGGAAACGUAAAGUUCCUGAUGUGCUGUUCACCACUAUAGAUCCACCCACAGAGAUACAGACCCAUGGCAAAGGUGCCUUCAUACAGGCCAGGGUUUGUCGACCAAAAGCUAAAAGCAAAGGAGGAGAGUCCAAUGCCAGAGAGAUAAGUGAUUGUCUUCCUUUCUUGGAAUAUGAACUUCACAGUCAGUUGAUGAAUAAACUCAAGCUGUGUGGUAUGAAUGGUCUGUACGGCCUUAAGAUCCAGAUCACAGUGGGCGAGUCCUUACUAGUCGGAGUGGCAACUGCUACUGCUGUUUUCAUGGCAGCCCUUCCCAUGCCUUCAGUUCCCAGGGUGUCGGGUCAGGCCACAUCAGAGGAGGAGAACAGUCGCCUACAGGAAAUACAGAAGAGGAUUUCUGAGAGAGUGCUGAGAAAUCGAGAGAAACAUGAACUGCUGCACAUUGAUACAGGACAAAUCAGUCCCCGUAGUGUGGUCACUGACGACAGUGAUGAAGAAGCGUCAGAGCUGGAUUUAUCCUCUGGAAACAAAGACACUUUUGUCAUUGAGGUUGAUGAUGCAAAUGAUGAGAAUAUAAUAUCACUGCUGAAACAGUCUCAGCUUCCAGAGGGAUUUACCAUGCUGAACACCCACAAAAUUCCAGGAUCCACCCUACUGGCUUCCAAUCUCCAGAUGUUUACUCAGAUUUGGAGACAAGAGUUUGUGUCUACUUCUAAAAGCAGUUUUAUAGAUAUCUUUGAAAAUCUAGUCAAGAAAAUCUGUUAUAAGUUACGUCGGAUGUCCCCUUGUUGUCUGUGUGGUAUAGACUUCGGUGUAGAUCUCCCAGAAGACAGAGAAAUACAGAUAACACUGACUGGAGUGUGCUGUUCUUUAGAGAAUGUUUCAGAUUCUGCAUUUGAACUUCAAACCUACAGCAAAGAAAAUCUACUCAAAGCAGUGUCUGCAACAACCACAAGCAGCAGUGGUACCAGUGAGAGAGACGACAUGAUGUUUCAAAUGGAGGAGUUCUCAACAGAGGGAUCUAUAGGGAACUUAAUACAGGGGCACACAAAGGUUCCUCUCACUAGACAGACAAAGGAAAACUCAGUUCGUAGAUCUCUGGAACACACAGUUCAGAAACACAAGAACUGUGUGGAGCUUACACCACUGCCCAGUAUACCAGGCUUCAAGAUAGAACGAUACCUGGGCAACUACAACUUCUUCUUUAUCAGUGAAUUUACUUCAUUACGAGAGAUUGGAGGACAGGGAGGCUUUAUGCAGACAUUUGUUGCUGAGGUGAUGGCCAAUGUGAGAGCCAAUGUGGCCUCUCUGGGAGGGAAUGGAUUAGUGUCUUAUAGAAUGAACCAAUGUGUUCUGAUGUGUAACCCACGCAAAAACCAGAGUCAGUGUUUGAUCAAUGUGAGUGUGGAUACUGUGGUUGUGUCGUCAGAGGAAUCAUUUCCCAUUAUUGUUGAGCCUCUUCGUAAAAACAGCGACUCCCCGAUCACAUGACAAAGCUAGAACUGUUACUGACAUUUUUACCGAACAUUCCUUUUUUGGCCAGUAUUACUCACUGCCCCUUGAGUAGAGUGGAUUAAACAAUAAGAUUUUUUGUUAAAUUACACAUUGUAUUUCCAUACUGAUUUUAAUCAGAGGGUGAACAAUAAUUUUCUUUUACCAAAAAUGAUCAAAUUUUAGAUAAAUGUACUUGUACAGAAUUUGGUAUUUCAUUAUUAAGGAGGGGGCUGAUGAGACACAACAGUAAAAUGUUUGGUAGGUUUAAUUAUAAAGACUCUUUUGGGGACAUUUUAAGGCAUUAGUGUUUGUUAUUGUUAGGCACACCAACACUGCAUAAUAAAAGACUCUAAAAAC